GAUGAAGUAGAAAAGUCAAAUAAAAAAGAAUUACAGGAAAAGGAGGCAAUCAUCCAGGCAUUAAAUAUAAGAAUAAUAGAAGAAAAAAAGAAUCUUGAGCUAAAAGAUCAAGUCACAGCCACUGAAAAAUUAAUGAGAGAAUUAGAAGAACAAAUUGCAAGUAUGAAAUUAGAGCUGGCUAAUUCUAAGCAAAAAGAAAAACAAUGUUCUGAAGAAAUAAAACAGUUUAUGGGUAAAGUUGAAGACCUUCAGGAAAGACAUCAUUACACAGAUAGCCAGUUUGAAUCUGAUGCGGUACAGAGAAUGGUGGAACAAGAAAUGCAGAAAAGAUUAAAGCAACUCCGAGAAGAGAUGGAUGAAAUGUAUGGGCAACAGAUAGUACAGAUGAAACAAGAGUUAAUAAAGCAACACAUGUCACAGAUAGAGGAACUUAAAGCACAACAUAAGGAAGAAAUUGAGAGUGUUUUAAAAUCACAUUUAAAUAUUAGAAUUAAUGAAGAUCAAAUAAAGUUAAUGAACAUGGCAAUAAAUGAACUGAAUAUGAAAUUACAAGAUACUAACGCUCAAAAGGAAAAACUCCAAGAAGAACUAGGAAUAGUUUCAGGAGAAAAAUCUACUCUGCAGAGACGACUUGACCUUUUUGAAGAAUUGAACUUUUUAAGGGACCAAAUUCAGAGAGCUAGAAUGAUAAUAGCUGAACAAGAAAGUCAACUGAAUGAAGCACAUAAGUCCCUUAGUACAGUGGAAGCUUUAAAAGCUGAGAUUGUUCUGGCAUCUGAAUCUAGGAAAGAACUAGAGUUAAAACAUGAAGCAGAAGUUACAAAUUGCAAGCUAAAACUUGAAAUGUUGGAAAAAGAAAAAAAUGCUGUAUUAGACAGAAUGGCUGAAUCACAAGAAGCUGAAUUAGAGAGGCUGAGAACACAGCUUCUAUUUAGUCAUGAAGAAGAACUUUCAAAACUAAAAGAAGAUUUAGAAGUUGAACAUCGAAUAAAUAUUGAAAAACUUAAAGAUAGCUUAGGCAUUCACUAUAAGCAGCAGAUAUAUGGCUUACAAAAUGAAAUGAGUCAAAAGAUAGAAACAAUGCAAUUUGAAAAAGACAAUUUGAUAACUAAGCAGAAUCAGUUGGUUUUGGAAAUUUCAAAACUAAAAGAUUUACAGAAGUCCAUCAUGGAUUCAAAAUCAGAAGAAGUGACCCUUAAGAUGCAUGAACUCCAAGAGGAAAUCGAAAUAUUAAGACAAGAAAAAAAAGAAAAAGGUACGCUUGAACAAGAAGUUCAGGAAUUACAACUUAAAAUUGAAUUAUUGGAGAAAGAAAUAAAGGAAAAAGAGGAUGACCUUAAAGAAAAGUUUUCACAACUUGAAGCAGAAAAUAACAUUCUUAAAAAUGAGAAAAAAGCUAUUGAGGACAUGUUGAAAAUUUAUGUUCCUGCUGAACAAGAAGAAAAAUUGAUUUUCAUUGACUCCAGCAAGUCCAUAUCCAAAGAUUGUAGCUGGCAAAAAGAAAUGGAAAUGCUUACAAAAGAGAAUGAGGCCCUCAAGCAACAGUGUAUUCAGCUAAAUGAAGAAAUUGAAAAGCAAAGAAGUACAUUUUCAUUUGCUGAAAAAAAUUUUAAAGUUAACUAUCAAGAGUUACAGGAGGAGUAUACUUGCCUUCUCAAGGUAAAAGAUGAUUUAGAAGACAGUAAAAACAAACAAGAAUUAGAGUAUAAAAGUAAACUUAAAGCACUUAAUGAAGAGCUUCAUUUACAAAGAAUAAAUCCAGCUACAAUCAAAGUGAAAAGUGCCAUGCUUGAUACUGACAAAGCUUUUGUCGCAGAGCCAUUAGAAAUCUGUGAAGUUGUUGAGAAAGAUACAACAGAACUUAUGGAAAAACUUGAGGUAACCAAGCGAGAAAAGCUAGAAUUGUCAGAGAAACUGUCUGAUCUCUCUGAACAAUUAAAACAGAAACAUGGUGAGGUUAAUUUUCUCAGUGAAGAAGUCAAAUCUUUAAAGCAAGAAAAAGAGAAAAUUCUAUUGAGAUGUCAAGAGCUAGAACUCCUAAUUAACCAUCAUAGAGCAGAAAAUAUAAACAUGUGUGAUGUUCAUUUAAGCUCUUUACAAGAUGGAAUAGUAACUAUUAUAAGCAAGGAUUCUCAAGGAUCAUUAUCUAAUGUAGGUGAAGAUUUUGGAGAAGAAUCAAAAACAGUAGUGGAAGAGAAAAUUUCUUUUGAAAAUGUGGCUAUUAGAAGAGAAAGCAAGCAAGAACAGUUAUUUUCACCAUCAGUAACAAAUGAAUCCUCACCUGGGACAGAUCAAUCAAGUGAAAAUGAUAAACUCCAUCAGGAACUUUAUGUACUUAAAUCAGAACAG